AUGGACCACGACUCGAUGGAGCACAGCCCCGACUCCCACCCCGUUCGCCUCUCGCCGCCUUUGUCCCUCUUCCCUUUGCGGAAAAUAACGGAGUGGUGCAAAGUAGCUUGGACAAAAGUUAGAGGCGUGAAGAAGGCGGAGUGCACGAGUGAUGAGCCUGCCACAGACGAGGCACGUCCAGCCCCUGAGGUGGUGCCGCUGCGGCCGGUGGGUGGCCCCUCUGACAGCCGUUGUGAGACACGCCCCGUCCCCCGCCCCGUCCCCCGCCCCGUCCCCCGCCCCCUUCCCAUCCCGCCGCCUUUGCGCAUGCUCCCCCCGCCGGAAGAAAGGUUACCUUGCGAAAGGAGGGUAACAGCAGCUCGGGCUCACAAGAGGGUGACAUGGGCGAGUGAUGUGCCCGCAACAGACGCGGCACGUCCAGCCCCUGAGGUGGUGCCGCUGCGGCCGGUGGGUGGCCCCUCUGACAGCCGUUGUGAGACACGCCCCGUCCCCCGCCCCGUCCCCCGCCCCCUUCCCAUCCCGCCGCCUUUGCGCAUGCUCCCCCCGCCGGAAGAAAGGUUACCUUGCGAAAGGAGGGUAACAGCAGCUCGGGCUCACAAGAGGGUGACAUGGGCGAGUGAUGUGCCCGCAACAGACGAGGCACGUCCAGCCCCUGAGGUGGUGCCGCUGCGGCCGGUGGGUGGCCCCUCUGACAGCCGUUGUGAGACACGCCCCGUCCCCCGCCCCCUUCCCAUCCCGCCGCCUUUGCGCAUGCUCCCCCCGCCGGAAGAAAGGUUACCUUGCGAAAGGAGGGUAACAGCAGCUCGGGCUCACAGGAGGGUGAAGCGCAUAAGGGAUGUGCCCGCAACAGACGCGGCACGUCCAGCCCCUGAGGUGGUGCCGCUGCGGCCGGUGGGUGGCCCCUCUGACACCCGCUGCGAGACACGCCCCGUCCCCCGCCCCCUUCCCAUCCCGCCGCCUUUGCGCAUGCUCCCCCCGCCGGAAGAAAGGUUACCUUGCGAAAGGAGGGUAACAGCAGCUCGGGCUCACAGGAGGGUGAAGCGCAUAAGGGCUGAGCCCGCAACAGACGAGGCGCCUUCAGCUCCUGAGGUGGUGCCGCUGCGGCCGGUGGGUGGCCCCUCUGACGCCCGCUGCGAGACACGCCCCGUCCCCCGCCCCCUUCCCAUCCCGCCGCCUUUGCGCAUGCUCCCCCCGCCGGAAGAAAGGUUACCUUGCGAAAGGAGGGUAACAGCAGCUCGGGCUCACAGGAGGGUGAAGCGCAUAAGGGCUGAGCCCGCAACAGACGAGGCGCCUCCAACCCCUGAGGUGGUGCCGCUGCGGCCGGUGGGUGGCCCCUCUGGCACCCGAUGCAGGAGACGUCGCGGCAGCCGCCCCUUGUGCGGCUGUAAGAAGCAGCGCACCGAUCGCGGAAGUCGGCUGGGCGGUGCUCGACUCGGACGCUACGGCCGGGCUAUAUUCUCUGCUGCUGAAAUCCGCUUCAGAGAGCGCCAGCGACGGGAACUCGGGAUCGAGCGAUUCCGGCGCGUAGGCCUGUGCACUGAGGAGAGCGAUGCGGGGACGCUGCAGCCAAGCGAUGUGCUCCCACGCACGGACGCGGACGCCGCAUCGGACGUGGCGAGCGAUGCGGGGACGCUGCGGCCGGGCGACGUGCUCCCACGUACGGACGCGGACGCCGCAGCUGGUGUGGCCUCUGCGGUGGCCAAGCCGAUUCCCCUGCGGCCGGUGAGUGGCCCCUCUGGCACCCGAUGCAGGAGACGCCGCGGCAGCCGCCCCUUGUGCCGCUGUAAGAAGCAGCGCACGAGCGGUGUCAAGCGACGGCGUGUCCGCCGACGCAGAUACCGCGGCCGGCGCAUUAUGUGUACUGAGGGAAGCCACUGCAGAGACCGCCGUGUGCCCUUCAUUCUCGCUCGACUUCUGCGCGACACCCUGUCCAGUGAGGCUAGCGGGGCAGCGAUGCUGCCGCACAGCCAUUGUCCCCUUUGCGCACAGCUGGACCAGGCAUUCGCUGCCCUAUCGCUGGACGAGGAAGAGCCGCUGCCGCCCCUUCCUACAUCGUAUAUCCACUGCCUCCCACCAAUCGUCGCUUAUACGUUCACCGGCGUCGAUGCCGCGCGCACGCCAUCAGUGUCUUUAUUUAGGUUUUAA